AGGCCAAGCAGAGCCGGCACACGCUGCUGCCGCGCAUGGUGGACAACCUCCGCGCCACCAACGGCAAGAUCCGGCAUGUCACGCUGGAGUUCCGGGAGGCCCGGGGGCUCCUGCACGGUACGCGCGGCAAGAAGGACCGGUCAUUCUUGAUUUUGGACGAGGACAUCCUGAGGGUGGCGCCGGUCCGCAGCUCCAUGCUGGAGAAGGCCCGGCCGUGCAAGUUCAGCGGUUUUAACAAGGGCUUCCUGAACUCCGCCGCCGCCAAAAGGGGCCUUUGCGAGCGGGAGCCGCUGCAGGCGCACCCGCACUGGUCCUCCAGCUCCAACGCCGCGCCCUCGACGCCGCCGCCCGCCACGUCGAAGGGGGCGGAGUCCAGCAGCUCGGGCGCCGAAGGCGUCAGGCCAGGCGAGAGGACCAGGGUCCACCCGAGAGUCGCCCGCUGAGCCGCCGCCCGUGCGGACGGACGCGGAGGACCGGCGGAGGAUCGGAGGGCACCGACUAGACACCUGCACCGCUCCC